AGGUAGCUGAAUGUCGUCAAUUUGCCUCCGGACUCGCCAAUGCAUGAACAUGAUCCCAAAACACGCCUUUUUCUUUGCUAGCGAGUGACCCGGACCGUAAUCUCUCUCUCUCUCUGUCUCUCUCUCUCAUAGCCAUAGGCUCGGAGCACGCGCAGGGGCCAUAGUGCUCGCUCUCGCCGGGGCCCACCGCUGGAGGAGGAGGAGGAGGAGGAGGAGGAGGAGGGUUGGCGGUGGUGUCGGGAGGAGAUGGAGGCUUCUGGUUCGGCGGUGGAUCUCAGUCCGGAGGAAGAAAGGGUCCUCAUCAGAGACAUCACCAUCGCCGCCGAAUCCCUUGCCAAGGAGGGCGACAUCUUCUUCCUCAUCACCCAUAGGUGGUGGCAACGUUGGCUUGAUUAUGUUAACCAAGAUAUGACUAGCAGCUCGGUCAAUGGCUCAUCUUCAUAUGGUUCUCAUCAUCAUGACUCAGCUUCUUCAAGUGCAAAAAGACCUUCGGCUAUUGACAAUUCUGAUUUGAUAUAUGAUGCGACAUCUGAAGUGUCGAAUGUGGAAUUUGAACUCCAUGACACUCUAGUGGAAGGCCGUGAUUAUAUAUUGCUUCCUCAACAAGUUUGGGAAAAGUUGCAUGGCUGGUAUGGUGGUGGUCCAACAUUACCAAGAAAAGCCAUUAAUACAGGUUUGUCUCAGACUGAUUUGGCUAUUGAAGUCUAUCCUCUACGCCUUCAGUUAUUUUUGAUGCCAAAAGAAGAGAGAGCAGUUAUUAGGAUAAGCAAGAAGGAAACAGUUGGUGAACUUCAUAAAAAGGCUUGUGAGGUUUUUGGUUUACUCCUGGACCAAGUUUGUAUCUGGGACUAUUAUGGUCAACAAAAACAUGCUUUGAUGGACAACAUGGAUAAAACUCUUGAUGAUGUGAAUAUACAAAUGGAUCAGGACAUUCUUGUAGAGGUCCUCACUGAUGGAAAUGGUACUGCUGAUAGUGGAUGUGCAACUUCUCAACAGGAAAAUGGAUGUACAGAGAAGGACUCAACUUCUGUAAUUGUGGAGCCUUCUCAGUCAAGCUUGUCGGUUGCUGAAGGUUUGUCCACCAACAAUUAUGCUUCCAGAAGCUGCAGUUCAGAAAUCUCACAAAGUCAGUACUUGGCUUCUCCAACUAGUGACUUGGACAAUUUGCAUGGAACAAAUAACAUUAAUACACGAGCAGCCCCUUUGGGUCUCACUGGGCUCUUGAAUCUUGGAAAUACCUGCUUUAUGAACAGCGCAAUACAAUGCCUUGUCCAUACACCAGAAUUUGCCAGAUAUUUCCGUGAAGAUUACAGGCAAGAAAUAAAUUGGCAGAACCCUUUAGGCAUGGUUGGUGAGCUUGCUUUAGCUUUUGGAGAGUUACUAAGGAAGCUAUGGGCUCCUGGGCGUACACCUGUUUCUCCUCGACCAUUUAAAACAAAACUUGCUCGCUUUGCACCCCAAUUCAGUGGAAAUAAUCAACAUGAUUCUCAGGAGCUUUUGGCAUUCCUGUUGGAUGGACUCCAUGAGGACCUGAAUCGUGUGAAGCAUAAACCUUAUAUAAAAUCCAAGGAUACAGAUGGGCGACCAGAUGAAGAAGUCGCUGAUGAGUAUUGGGCAAACCAUAUUGCUCGCAAUGAUUCUAUCAUUGUUGAUGUAUGCCAGGGUCAAUACAAGUCCACUCUGGUUUGUCCUGUUUGUGGGAAAGUGUCUGUGACAUUUGAUCCAUUUAUGUACCUCUCGUUGCCUUUACAAUCUGCUUCUUCACGGACUAUGACCGUCGUGGUUUUCACUAGUGACGGGAGUGCUCUUCCAACGACUUGUACUGUAAGUGUACCGAAGCAGGGUCGGUGCAGGGACUUGAUCCAGGCUUUAAGCAAUGCAUGCUCCUUAAAGAAUGGAGAGAAACUACUACUUGCAGAGAUACACGGACACAUGAUCCAUCAAUUUCUGGAAGAUCCUUUAAUCCUGCUAUCAACCAUCAAAGAUGAUGAUCACCUUGUAGCUUAUAAGAUCCCAAAAGUUGUGAAGAACUCUAUUUUUCUUCAAUUUGUACAUCGUCAUGAAGUAGGACCUGGCAGCAUCAGCAGCUCAGUGGCCUGGGAAUCCUAUGGUAUACCUUUGCUUGCAUUAAUAUCACGCGAUAUACUUGCCACAGGUGCUGCUAUACAAGAUAUACUUCAGAGAAUUCUUGCUCCUAUGCUGGGAAAUGAGGAUAUACAGUCUAUUAGCAAGUCAGAUUCCAGCGUAAAUGCAGCAGCACACGGUACCCAUGAAGCUUGCUUAGAUUCUGAUGAUCAGUUGAAGGAUCAAGAAUAUCAUUCUAAAGCAGAAUCAACCUAUAAAAUGCAUCUUCAAUUGGUUGAUGAACAUGAUACACCAGUUGAUUUGCCAUCAGAAGAAAAACCUAUCGUGGUGCCUGGGUCAUCAACAUCACUCCUGCUGUUUAUUAACUGGUCAAAAAAGGAUCUUAAGAAGUAUGAUACACAUCACUUUGAGAAUCAUCCAGAAGUGUUCAAGUAUGCACCUGCACCAAAGAGGACUCGUAAUGAACCUCUCUCACUAUAUACAUGUCUGGAUGCUUUCUUGAGAGAGGAACCACUAGUUCCUGAAGAUAUGUGGUACUGCCCAAGGUGCAAGGAGCAAAGACAAGCUAGCAAAAAGUUGGACCUCUGGAGGCUUCCUGAGGUUCUGGUUAUUCAUCUGAAAAGAUUCUCCUUCAGCCGGUCAACAAAGCAUAAACUAGAAACUUUUGUCAAUUUCCCGAUUCAUGACUUGGAUUUGACAAAUUAUGUGGCACACAAGAAAGGUUCGCGCCAGAUUUAUGAGCUUUAUGCCCUGAGUAACCACUAUGGUAGCAUGGCAAGUGGGCAUUAUACUGCACACAUCAAGCUUCUGGAUGAAAAUAGGUGGUAUAAUUUUGAUGAUAGCCAUAUUUCACCUAUCAACGAGGAAGAUGUUAAAUCUGCUGCAGCUUAUGUGCUGUUUUAUAGAAGAACUAAAGGUGAAGAUGCCUCCACAAACAUUGGAGCCGAGCCAUAUGCAAACAAGAACCAUAAUUUUAGCAAAAGAUGAUUGUAUUUGCGGUGUUACAUGCUACAGAAUGCUCCCACAGCGAAUAGCAAUGGCCAUGAAGCAAAGAUAUAUGUGAUCGUGUAUGAUUAUUUAGGACUGGCAGUUUCCGUGGUAUCUUUGUGAUGCUCCAGCCUCAGGAUUUUGGGGAGAAUUAAGCUCUAUAAUUUUUUGUACGUUACCUAUGUAAUCCAGAGAAAUGAGGCAAUUUGUAACGAUGUGAGUGAAACACCAACGGAAGAAACAAAGAAUUUGAGAAUCUUGGUAUAUCAUUCAAACCAUUACCGUG